UGAGACCUGUCAACAGUGUCAACUUACGUCAACGUUGUAUUUGUCCGUGUUGGUUGAAUACAUUUUGAUCUUGAAAAUUGGAAUCUUUAUUUCCUUCACUAAUGAUAAAAAAAGAGGAAUUAACAGUCAGCUUCUUAUUUGUAUACUGGACAUAAUAUGAAUAUAAUAUGCAGACUUUAUUUUUUCUUCACGCUAUUUGUAUGGCAAUGCCAAUGCUUUUCUCAAGGAAGCAAUUGGUUCUUUAAUUUCUCCACUGUUGAUACUGGUUAUAAUCUGUAUAAUCUACCUCAAAGCUUGUAUAAGGGUGCGCAAACUUUUGUUCAGGUAAUUUGUGAGCCUCCCAACAAUGUCGACACCAGUAUUAGUUUGGAAAUAGCCAUUGUUCCUUUAGCUUGUUGGGAUUAUGCUGAUGCAGUUAAACAGGCACAAGAGCUUAUCAGAUCCAGUCAAUUCAGCAACAAUUCUCUAAUCUUCAAAUACAGCAAAAUAUUCAAAUGCGAUGAUCAUAUCAUAAUUGAUGGUGCCCCUCCGAGCCAAGAUGAAAAAUCACUACAUAAAACUUUACAUCCAGCAUAUACCAUACCACAUGAUGGAUUUUAUAUCAUAUCAUUUCAAGUGGCUUCAAACACUACAGGCGCCCGAUUAAACCUUCACCUAGAAAUGAGAAGCAGUUACGGCUACCUUUCAGCUGCAGAUUGGCCCCUUUUGCCUUUUUAUGGCUUUAUGUGUGUUUUUUAUGUCUUUUUAGGAGUAAUGUGGUUGGUUUUUUCAUUUUUGCAAUGGAGGGACCUUUUGCGUGUACAAUUUUGGAUUGGUGGAGUAAUUUUACUUGGAAUGUUGGAAAAGGCCACAUUCUAUGCAGAGUACCAGAGUAUCAAUAAUACAGGAGUUCGUGUUCAAGGUGCAAUGCUUUUUGCAGAAUGGGUUUCGUGCGCCAAACGUACCUUAGCUAGAAUGUUAGUCAUUAUAGUAAGUUUAGGCUUUGGUAUAGUGAAACCCAGGCUUGGAGCCACCCUUCAUAGAGUUGUAGGUGUAGGUUUAUUGUACUUCUUUCUUGCCUGCUCGGAAGCUUAUUUAAGAAUCGUGCAUCCUAAAAAUGACCAAAGAGAUCUGCUAGUAGCUUCUGUUCCACUUGCAGUUUUGGACUCCGCAAUAUGUUGGUGGAUUUUCAGUGCUUUAGUAAACACUACUCGUACCCUGAAAUUGCGCCGUAACGAAGUUAAAUUGUCUCUAUACAGACAUUUUACCAAUACCUUAAUAUUUUCUCUUGUGGCUUCCGUUGUUUUUAUGCUUUAUUCUAUUAAAACUCACAGAUUGGUUAGUUGCUUGUCUGUAUGGAAAGAUUUAUGGCUGGAUGAGGCUUAUUGGCAUAUCUUAUUUUCGUGUAUACUGCUAGUUAUUAUGGUCUUGUGGCGCCCCACAAAUAACAAUCAAAGAUAUGCCUUUGUACCUCUGUUGGAUACGGAAGAUGAUGAAGAAGAGGCGCAAUUAGUGAAUGAUGCUUAUGGAGUAAAGGUCAGAGUUCAUCAUAACUCGAAUAAAAACAUGGGAAAGCGAGAAAAAUCAGUUGAAGACGAUUUAGAGUGGUUACAGGAGCAUAUUAAAAGUGAACCCACUUUAUCUAUCCUAGACUCCGACGAAGAGAUAGUAAAUACAAGAUUUGAAGUCUCGAAGAUGCAGUGAUUAAGUCAUAUUUUGUUGUAUUAUUUUUAUUACUUAUUUGUAGAGCUUCAUAAGAUUCUAUUGGAUAUGUACAUAUAUAUAUAUUUAUAUAUUGUUCAAUAUUGGCUUUCAAUUAAUAUCUACUACUUAGAUUUAUUGAAAACCAAUUUUUUACUUUGAUUUAUUGUGUGAUUAUUGUGAUAGAACACUUAGAACAUUUUAUUUAAAGAUUUUUCUUAUAGAAUUGCAGUAUUUAUUUUAAAAUUCAGUGUUCCUUAAUUGAGUAUUCAUCUUUGUUGUAAAAAUUUUUGUUUUAGAAGUCAAAUUGAAUAACAAAAUUGUAUAUUAUUUUAAUCUUAUAUUUAACAUAUAAGCAUGUAUGAAAUCGUGAAAUAUUAAAAUUGUUCUCACUAUAAAAAA